AAGAGUUUGUUUUGGUUUUGAAAGACGUAAGUCUAAUGGAAAUGGAGAUACAAGAUGACUUUUGCCGUUUUUGCAAGCAGAAUAUGAGAAUGGUUGGUUUGCACAAAUACUCAGUCAACAUUUUCGAUAGAUUUGGGAAACCAAGUAUAUCCGAAAGACUUUUUCAUGUUGGUGUGGCGGUAGUAAACAGACCAGUGUCGAAUAGGAUUUGUCGGCGGUGUGUCACCUUUUUAACAAGACUGGAACGAGAUUUGCCUGUGUAUAGGAGGUGGAUCGAGGAUGAGAGACACGAUGAAGCCUCAGCAAGUCCUGCUGAUAAAAGAGACCGCGAGCUCACUCCAUCCAAAACACCAUUGGCGCUGAUUAAGUUGUGGCACAACCCUGCAAGUCCUAGUAGGGCUAAUGUUCGAAAUAAUAUUGCGGAGGGGAUACGAGAGGAGAAAGGAUCGAUGACAACUGUGCAAGACCAGCGUGUGAAAUCAGAGCCUGAUGAUCUAGUGAUAUCUGAAACUGCAUUAUUGACCCCACCAGCGACUACGGGCACUGCUAACAGUUCCUGUCGAAUAUUUCCUACUGUAAGAGACGCAGCCUCCCAGACUGACCCCCCAAAGAUCAAAUCGGUCGGCACACAGCUAUCUAUGCAAACUCUGCAGAAUCCCUUUCGCAGUAGAGCUACCCAGGUGAAGAUGCCCGGCAGAGAUUGCGGUGUGUGCACCGACACCUUCCCCUUGGACAGUCCACUACUGCUCCUACAACCAACAUUAGUAAAGAGACCCUCCAAGAGACCUCGACUCAGCCUUACAGACGAGGAGGAAGGCCCCUCAGAAUCCAUCUUGUCUGUGGUGGUUCAUGAACCAGAGGACUCAACAUGACUCUGUGGACUCAAUCACUGUAGUGGGCUAGCAAUCUCUCUUCACCUUCUCAUGGAGAGGAGUUGGCAGAUGACAGAUUAGUGAGUGGGACAAUAAAGACUGCUGAGAACUUGAGCAAGGCACCAAGCCCUCAGCUGCUGUGAUGGAACUAGUAACUAGGCAACGGAAUCUCCUGUUCGGUCGCUUCUCUAACUCUGAGGUCUAAGGGCAUUUUCACAUACAGUAUCUUUUUAAAUUUACUUUUUGUGUGUCUUUGCAUCAAACUUAUCCCUAUGUUUCAUAUCUAAAUGUUUUGAAGAAACUCUGCUUUCUGUAUUCUAAUGCCCACAUUUUUUCUAGAGCAAUGUGUAAAGAAAUAAUUAGGCCCUAAAGCUGAAACAUUGUUGGCUUUUUGAAAGUCGUCAAAUCUCUUUUUAAUACAAACCGUUAUUGAUGAUGUGUUGUAAGAAUUGUUUUGGUGCUUGAAAUGAGUUUACCAAAGUCCACGUUAUGUAUGAAUAAAACACAACAUCCCACGUCAUCAAAAGUCUGUGUCGACUAUCCAUUCUUUUGGUUGAGAGACCCAAACCUAAGGGACAAAUUAGUGGACACAUUUCUUACUUACAGGCGUUGUGCUGAUGUCCACAAGGUGGUGCACUAUGAUAAAGUAAAAACUCCACAAGGACUGGAUGGCACAGCUGCUUGCUUGUUGUGUACUGCAUUCAGAUGACUCAGAUGCGAUGCAGAGAAUAAGACACGAUUCAGAGUCACACAAUCGUUUUUGUUUGUACUGACCUGAUAAACAUCCUCAGGAUGUUAAACACCUUCAGGUUUCUGCAGACUGGAUCACACCCUGUAGAGCUGAGAC